AUUGCUUGUUGAAAAUUUGUCGAUGACGGAUCGAAAAAGACUUGUAAAGCGUUGAUUAAUUUAUUUUUUUUUGUGGUAGAAAAAAAAACCAAAAACAAUUUAUUGCUCGAUUUACGUUUGUAUGAACCAGAUAAUUGCCGUUAUUUGCUUUUUUGUUCAGAAAGGAACACUGUCGGUGAAUUGAUAAUUCCUGGCUCAAAAUCUAAAUCAGUUAUCAUUUAUUACACCAGGAGCUUAAAACUGUGAAUCAAGUCAUAAAACAAUUAAUUUAUUUGAAGAAAAGCGUAAAGUUGAAAAGUGUUUGAAUAGAAAAGUUUUUGAUUCACUAAAAGAAGAAGGAAUUCAUAUUUUCUUCAUAUAAGCACCGGUACCAUGUGCUCGCUCGAAAAUAAUAACCAAUCUGGCACUACGUAAUGAUUUCAAAUCGUCCCAUCUUAUAUCUUACAUUACCCAGUUUAGCACUGAUCAUCGGUUACGUUUGGUUGAGACGCAAAAAGGGAGGACGUGCCGUUUGUGACACGGGCGGUACAAAUCAGAAGAGUAGCAAUUCUAACAAAUCUUGUAAAAUAUUAGGUGAACAUCUAGGUGAUAAUCAGGAAUUAAGUAAUAAAGCAUCGUCUUCAUCAUACUCAACACAACAUAAUAGUCAGCACAGUGAAUCAUUGCCAAUAGGAACGCCACAACAGAAUCACAACAAAUUAUUGAAAUUGAAAAUUGAUCAGGAAACAUCAACGCCACCAGGUAAUAACGCGUCUGGAAAACAAGCUCAAAGUCCUGGUAGUGCCCCUUCAAGUUCAUCGUCAUCAUUGGGAAAGUCUGCACCAAUUGAUAUUGCACCAAAUCCCCGUUCACCACCGAAACGGAUCACCGAACAAGAAAUUGACUGUGAAAUUUUAAAGCUGAAACCACAAGAGUCUGAUAUUAAGCAUUUGCGAUAUAUUGAAGAGCCUGAAAACGAUUGGGACGAAUCACCAACACCAGCUGAUUCGCCUUUGUAUCGUGAUCGUUUUGAUUUGAAUCGUCAUCAACCUAAAGUUGAACCGAUUGUUAUUAAAGGAACAAUGGAAGCUAAAAUUUCACCAGAAAAUUCAUUUCGUGAAAGAAAAUACACACAAACAGAAUCGGAUGAUUCUGGACGUUUAAAUGAAACGUCAAAAGAUGAGAGUGAGACAAAUAAUGAAAACAUUCAACAUUGUCAACAAGAAGGAGAAGAAGAGGAGAUGAAAACUACUGAUAAUGGAUGUGUUAUGAUGCAAGAAGAUGCUGAAGUUGUAGCAACAACAACAGAAAUGCCGAAAAAAUGUCAAUCAACGCCAUCGUCAUGCUUACAACCACAAAUUGCAAGUCCAUCACUUUCUGUUUGUAGUAUGCAUUCAGGUGAUUCAGGACAAGGGUCAAGCCCACCACAAUCAGUUGGUGCGCCACAAAUAACUUAUGACUUUGUUAUGCCAACUGCAUAUGUAGGAUCACUCAUUGGAUACCGUGGAACGAUCAUCACAAACAUCAAGGAGAAGACUGGAGCAAAUGUGAUUGUUCGUAAAGGUUCACAUGGACCGAAAAAACAAAAAGUUGUCUCGAUUGAGGGUACACAAUCGGAAGUCGAUGCUGCACUUAAAAUGAUACGAUUGAGAUUGCCGGAAAAGAAAUAUCCUUUCAUGUCGAUGGAUCGUAUAUUUGUGACGCCUGAUAACAAAGUUGUACCAACAUUCAAUGCUUCCACAUUAAGUUUACAACUCAUAGAAGGAAUCAACAAUGAUGUCACAAUCAGUGCAAUUGUAUCGGGUGGACAUUUAUUCCUUCACCAACCACUUCAUCCAUCUUAUCCAGCUUUAUCUUCAUUGCAAUAUCGCAUGAAUCAGUGGUACUCAAAGACAAUGGCACCAGAAUUGCCUGAUGUGAUUGAUAGUGCAAUUUGUGCUGUUUGUUAUCAGGACAACUGGUAUCGUGUUCAAAUUGUAUCACAUAAUUCUCAGACAAAGACAAGUCUUGUCAAAUAUUUGGACUUUGGUGGAUAUUCAACAGUCGAUUCAGCAGAGCUGAGACAAAUUCAUGCUGAUUUUAUGACUGUCCCUUUCCAAGCGAUAGAAUGCGUUAUGAGCAAUAUUCGACCUCCAUCCGGCAGUGAAUGGUCAAAAGAGGCUGCUGAUACGAUCAGUAGUUUUACUCAGGGUGUCAUCCUUCAAGCACAAAUUGCUGGAUACACACCUGAUGACAUACCAGAAGUUUAUUUGUUUGUUUCAAUUACCAAGGAUAAUGUAUUGUUUAUUAAUCAAGAAUUGUGCGCACGAAAAUUAGCCGAAUGGAUUGAUACAGAACAAGAAGGAUAGCAAGCACGAUGUCAUUAGAUUCAUCUAACAAAUUACACCUAACAAUGAAAAUAAAAAACUAAAAAACAAGAAAAAAAUUCAGAAAUCAAAUGGAACUAAUAAUUUAAUUAAUUGUAUAAGUUUUUUUAAUUUUAUUCUUUUUAUUUUUCUUAUAUUAUUUUGGAUAUGUUAGAUAUAUUUAAUCAAGGAUUGUUGGCGGAUGCAUUUUCUUGUGAAUUUUUUUUCUUCUCUUUUUAAAUUUAAAUUAAUCGCGUCCGUCAUGAUUUUAUGAAUGGUUGAAUAUAUUCCAAGACAAGCGUUAUUUCAAUUAUGUUUUUUUUUUAUUAUAAGAUAUCAUUUUCUAUUAAUCUUUCACUAUAAUUUUUAAUUGUGCUAGUUGGUAAUUGUAUGAGCAUCUUUAAGAGUUAGAAACAAAAUGAAAAAAUCAAUGAAGAUCAAGGAGAUCUAAGUAGUAGAAAUUUCAUGUGUUGGGCGUUCACUUUUAAAAUUUAAUAAUUUUUUUAACUGAUUUUGAACAGACUGUUAUCCUAUGGAAAAUAUUCAGUAACGCCCACACGUUUUUCUCGACAAAUAUUUUUUUGGAUUAAAAUUAUUAUAAAAUUGAAAAAGACGUGAAAAGUAAAUUAGCGCAACGUUAGCACUCAACGAUACGUAACGUACAUGAGGUUAACGAUAAUUACGUUGCAUACGUGCGUCUUCAAGCGUCAGAAAAAAAAAUUCUGCGAUUUUCUGCUAACUUUUCUAUUUUUUUUUUAAAUUGAAUUAAUCUCAAAAAAGAAAAGCUUUGUAGAAAUAUUUGCUGAUAGAAAAAAAAGUUAAACUUAAAUUAACAUAUAUUUUUUACAAGUGACAACUCAUUGGAAUAAUUGAAAAUUUAUGAAUUGUCAAGAUAUCAAAGGAAGUUGUUAAAAUUUGAAAAAAAGGAAAAAUUCUUAAUUUAAUCUUAGUAGCCCCAAAAUGAUUUUUUUUUGUAAUUAAACUAAUUUAAACAAAUUUUAUGUGAAGAGAGUAAACGAGUAAAGAUUAAGUUUUGUUUUUUUGCGUCCUUGUUUCCGACUGAUAAACGGAUAGAGAAAACAUUUUUUCAUCAUUGAUUAAGUAAAAUAUAAAGAAAAAAACGAUUUCAGUGAAAUAAAAAGUUGAGAAAAGCCAAUAAAAUGGAUAUUUCAAAUUUGCAUGCAAGACACAAUAUUUUACAGGAACCAAGAAAUAUUUUUCCUAAAAGAAG